AUGUCCUGGAGGAUUGGCAAAAAAAUAAAGGAUUCAGGAUUCCUUGGAUCCAAAAGCCAUCAUUCAAAUACGUCUUCCACCAUUACUCCUAAUGAUAUCUCUCGUUCGACUACACCUACACCCGGUAACCCUCACCCAGAUGAGGUGGCAAGACCGCCGGUAGCGAAAUCUGGUAUGCUGAAGAUAAGAGUAACAGCUGCCAAAGGAUUAAAUCUACCACAAGGAGUACCUGUACCAACACCAAUUCAAGCUGCGUUAUCAUCACCUUCAUCCAAUUCACCAAGGGUGUCAACCAAUCUACGUGGAAAUAGAGAUUCGCUUCAAAGAAAACAAGUUUGGUGGUUACCUUAUGUCGUAUUAGAAUUUGAUAAAAAUGAAGUUCUGGUUGAUGCUUUAGGUGGUGAUUUAUCAAGUCCAGUUUGGAUGUAUUCAGCUACUUUUGACGUUAGUAGAAUAUCAGAGUUAUCAGUCACGGCUUAUUUGAGAACUACUCAACCUCAUACAGAAGGAACCACUGCUCAACAUCAAAGUCAAAACCAAGGUCAAGGUCAAAAUGAUAACCUUGGUGAUGGGGAUGAAGGUGAUGAUAUGGGUAACAGUGAUCUAUGCUUAGGUGGAAUUAGGUUUACUCCUGACUUGGACGCUAAUAGAACUACCGACGAAUGGAUCAACGUUUCUGGUGGAACUGGUGCUUUCCAUGUCCAAGUGUCUUUCAAGCCUGCGCAGGGUCAACCUCUCACAAUCGACAGCUUUGAAUUACUAAAAGUAAUUGGUAAAGGCUCUUUCGGAAAAGUGAUGCAAGUCCGUAAACGAGACACUCUCCGAAUCUACGCACUCAAGACGAUCAGAAAAGCCCAUAUCGUUUCAAGAUCAGAAGUCACUCAUACUCUAGCUGAAAGAACAGUUCUGGCUCAAGUCAAUUGUCCUUUCAUCGUUCCACUGAAAUUCUCUUUUCAAUCUACGGAAAAACUCUAUCUAGUUUUGGCAUUCGUCAAUGGUGGAGAACUGUUCCAUCACUUGCAAAGAGAAGGUAAAUUUAAUGAGACGAGAUCGAGAUUCUAUGCGGCAGAAUUGCUCUUAGCUUUGGAACAUUUACACGGAUUCAACGUCAUAUAUCGUGACCUGAAGCCCGAAAAUAUCCUUCUUGACUACUCUGGUAACAUCGCUCUAUGUGAUUUUGGCUUAUGUAAACUCAAUAUGUCUGCAUCGGACACAACGAAUACCUUCUGUGGUACACCUGAAUACCUCGCCCCUGAACUGCUCUCUGGUCAUGGAUAUACCAAAUGUGUAGAUUGGUGGACACUUGGUGUGCUGUUAUACGAGAUGCUUACUGGUCUCCCUCCGUUCUAUGACGAAAACACAAACGAGAUGUAUCGAAAGAUUCUCUCUGAUCCACUUCGAUUCCCUGAUUCCGUUGGUACAGAAGCUCGAUCUUUACUCACUCAAUUGUUGAACCGAGACCCAGCGAGAAGACUAGGUGUGCACGGUGCUCAAGAAAUCAAGGAUCAUCCAUUCUUCUCCAAGCAUAUCAACUUUAAGAAACUGUGGGAAAAACGAAUACAACCUCCCUUCAAGCCUGCUGUGGCAAGUGCCAUCGAUACCUCUAACUUUGAUGAAGAGUUCACAUCUGAGGUACCUCUCGACUCCGUUGUAGAUGACUCGCACCUUUCUCAGACUGUACAACAGCAAUUCGAGGGAUUUUCAUGGAGUGUAUCACCUCUUGGCGAGUCUGUAGGUCGAUAUUAA